ACCAGCUGGUCUCUUUAACCGAGCACAGGUUCGACUUCAUCAAUACUCUAAAGGGGCAUUACUCUGGAAGACCGGAUCAUUUAUGAAGAAGAACAAUCAUAUUGCUCUGAUGAUACAAAAUGAUGAACAGGAAGUGAUAGUGAGAGCUCAAGGGUUCAGACCAGAGAACUUCCUGUUUAUUGUACAUGAGAUGAUUGAGACUUUGAUCCGGGAGUCAUACUCUGGUGUACAUUAUGACUUCUUCAUCCCCUGUAUGGACUGUCAGAGCAGGAAUGUGAAGGAUCCAAGUAUGAUGUCAUAUCAGAAGGUCAAAAGAGCUCUAGAACUUAAUGUUCCAUUCCUACAGUGUGAGAAAUUCUUCCAUAUGCUGUCAUUACAGGAGAUUAAAGAUGCUAUGCCAUCAGAUAAGAUGGAUGAGGUAGACAGUCAUCUACGUAACAGUGUUCGUGAACUCAUUGACCUCACACAGGAGAAAACGGUCUCUGUCUUCUUUGUUUACUCUACUAAAGACGUACCAGACUUGAAGGAUGCAGAGAAAUGUGUUCAUCCUGGAACUAUAUUAGCAGAUAUGAGGUCUCAAGAUGACCUCAAAGUGUCAUACACAGAUCAGCCUGAGUCAUCUGACAUGGAAGCUCUGACAUUGUCAAUCAAAGCUAAUGAUGUAAUAGUGUUUGGUCUGUCUGAUAACUUUGCUAACGAUGAUGUGUGUAAGAAAUUACUGCUCUACACAAAAGAUGUACUUCAAAGACCAAUAUUGCUACUACUGCUUGGUCAGACAAAGAACUGGCAGAAAGGAGAUCUAAAUAUGCCACUUGGUGAUGAGGUAUUUGUGGAUAUGACAAAGAUAGACAGAUAUCAGCACAAGAUUAAGGAAUUAUUUGUGGCUAUCAAAAAGAAAGAUGAAAGUAAGAAAAAGAUCAAGGAAGAAGUACCAGAAUGUUUCAUCAGUUAUUGCUGGACAAACUCUCAUGAAGCAAUAGCUAAAGGGUCAAGAGCUAAGGAAAAUGCUUUAGGGUGGUCAGGAGGUGAUCCAAGAGUUGUGAAGAAAUUCCUAGCUGAUAAAGGCAUCGGAUGUUGGAUUGAUGUUGAGAGAGUGGGUGGGCUUGGUUUGUACACAUCUAUAGCAGACGGACUGAGAGAAGCUAAAGUUAUGGUAGCUUUUGUUUCUGAUGAGUAUGCAGAAUCCAAGAAUUGUGUGAUGGAGUUUAGACAAAGUUUGAUCACUUUACGUGUUCCUACAAUAAUAGUGGUGGUUGGCACGGGUUACGAAUGGGAGAGAAAAGAGGUUGGUUUAAUGGCUGUUGGUCACAGUUGUCCCAAGGUAAAUCUACAAUUUGAUAAUGAGGCUGGUUAUCUACAGAUUUUGAAGUUAGUACAAGAAACAAUGGCCAACAACAAGGAGAAGAAUGAUGAUAGUCAGGAUCUUGACAAACAGAGAAAUAUAGCACUACAGGAAGUGUUAGAAUUGACUCAGAGAAAGUUUUUACGACAUAUCACGAACUCGUUCAUCAGUAUAGAUAUGGAAGCAUACCCAAAUCUCUUCAUAGUGGACUUUAUAACUGAUAAGGAGAAACAAGAUUGGGAGUUAUUAAGGAAGGAAGAUGAAAAAAAUAGUGAAGAUGAUAAGAAGAAAGAGGAUGAUGCCAGUACCAGCGCUGAACAAAAACAGGAGAAAGCAGAAAAUAUAAGGCCACCUCUCAAGUCCAAAUAUUGCUUCCGACUAAUGUGUGAACAUGUUGAGGGUUGGCAUGUAAUGCCCAACUAUACAACAUUUCCUGACCUUGACCUUGAAGGUGAGCAGCAGUUGAUUGAAACCUCUGCCCCAUACCUUACUAGACUGUACACCAUCAUGAAAUACAGUAACAUUCAGUUAGACUGUCUCACAAAACCAGAGGGUGAAAUACUUCAACAACGACUCGAAGAGAUUGGUAUAAAGAGUGGUGGUGACUUCAAGGAGGAAUAUUUGAACCUUCGUACAACGGUGAUGCAGCAAGACAAUGCUAGGUCUAUGGCCGGUCUAUACAGAUGCCAUGUGAAUGGAAAGGUAGUAUGGCUGUGUGAUAAACAUAAGAAAGCUUGGAGAAGUAAGACAGAGGAAAGAUAUGCAGUCAAGUUCAAUACCGAUAAUGCUAUACCCACAGCUGAUAUACCAGAAAGUUACGCUCCUAUAGAAGCAGAGAGCAAGGAACAGAAAGCUCCGAUUGAACAAAACAAACAGAAAAAAUUGUUCCGACGUAACAUCGGUGAUCAGAAACCUGGUGGACUUAAACGUCAGACUAGUCAGGCAUGCAGUGUUAUGUAACUGAAACUCAAGGGUUAGCAAGGCUAUAUAUAUAUAUAGGUUAUCAAUGUCAGAAAAUAUAAAGCAUACAAUGUAGUGUAAAAUGAAUGAUACAAUCAAAGAUAAAGUUAUCUUAAGUCUGAUUCAUAUAUGAUUAAUAUUUUAGUUUUCAAUAGAAAUCAUUACUAAAUUUGAUUUUCAUUUCAAUUUUUUGAAGAAAAAAAGUGGAGCUAUUGUCAAGAUUGUCUCGUCAGCAUUGGUGUCAGUGUUGGUUAAUAUUUGAUAAGAUCCAUGUUCUCAGAAACUAUAAAAGCUAUUCACUUUAUACUUUAUCAUAAAUGAAUGCCAUUUCAAAAAGGCACAUAAUCCUUAAAAUUUUAUGCAAAGUUAUGCCCCUUUUUCAAUUUAGAUUUUUAGUCCUGGUUAAAUUUUUUGUGUCUUGAUAAAAAGCUGGUGUUAUAUUGUAAAGUAUACUUUUUGAAGAUUUUUUAUGCAUGAGUGUAUUUUGUUACAUGACUUUCUAAUGGGUUUAUUUUAAUAUAUGUAUAUGUUUACAAUCAAAAUAAUUCCUCAGGCAAACAAUGGACUGUCUGUAUACAGACAGAUUAUUAUUAAACAUAGCUCAAUGGUGAGAUAGAAAGCUAAUAUUAAAGCUUUUGACUUUUAUAUUAUAUCGUCACUUGAUUACAUCAUUAGGACAAACUUUGACUUGAAUUUCAGGAUUUGUAUAGGCACUCUUCCUUAUAGGUAUUUUUUCCACAUAUGUUUUAUCUUUCCUAUGACUGACUGCUGGCCUGUACUGGUGUUUCUG